CUUGGAUAAGAAACCUGAGAGGGACUCGGAUUCCGAUUUCAGCGAGGCCGUUCAUCACGUGGCCAUGGCUCCGACAAUUACCUCGCGACGAGAAGGGGCCACAGUACCACUCGGAGGUCAAGUUUUCAGUAUCAUACUAUCAUUGACGGCAGUCACCGUUUUAACGUUAUUUUUGACACAGAGAGUUCUUGCAAUCAAGUAUUGGCGCCGAUUACCGCCUGUAGUUUGGUUGGUAUUUGCCAUAUAUAUUGACUCUUACCUGUUCGUUGUGGCUACUGCGAUUUUGGAGCACUCACUUGGGGUCAACUCCGGCUUCAGUAUUUGUGACGCUGAAAUUAUACUGUGCUUGGCAUGUUACGUUACCACCAAGUUUAUAUACUUGUUCCUCGUUGAGAAGGCUUAUAUCAUUCGUGAUGCAACAAAGCCUCGCAUGAAAUCCACUCUAUAUCUGGUAAAUUCUCUCGGUAUGCUCACCAUAUACAUAGCAGUAGUCAUAUUAAACUUUGUCUACCGCAUUGCAAGAAUGGACAAUGGACAAUGCAUAAUAGGGAUGGAAACGGUCUCAAUGAUUCCUCUCAUCUCCUUUGACGCGCUUGUCAACGUGUACCUGACAAUUAUGUUUCUCAUUCCUUUAAAGAGACUCUACGCUUUUACCAAGCUGGCGAGAACACGAGCCAAUAUUCGUCUUCGGACCGUGGCAUUUCGAACAUUCUGCGGCACAGUCUGCACACUAGUAAGCAGUGUUGUCAACCUCUCUGUGUUGAUGGCCCGUAACGGAGAACCUGGGUGGAUCUGCUUGAUGAGCUGCAACUGCGAUAUCCUGUUUUCUGUAAUAGUCAUCCAGUGGGUGACAUCCAGGGAUAACGCUGGGACAGCAAGCACCAGCUCAUCUGGGGAAGCCAGACGAUCGCGAGAUCUCGGCUCAGGGGCAAAUCGAAUAUCAUCGCCAAGCGAAUUUCACGAGACGCUAUCAUCGACAUUGGCCGAUAUAUCGCUCGUGCCAACCAAGCGUCGAUCCCGCGAUGGCGAUCAUGAUGAUCCUUAUGAGCGCGACACCCCUGGCAGCCACGCUGCCAAGAUGCUCAACAACCCCUCCAAUGCUGUUACAGUAACGACAACGAUAAAACGGGAGGUCGGACCUCGUCCUAAUGACUUUCCGGGACUGCACAUCGAGUCUUCCACGACUUGUGGACGCGAGUGUCUGAUAUCCCUAAAGUCCGGCGCGAUAGAUGGGAGAUUCCUCCCACUGCAGACCAAGAUUACUGCCGGGCGGUCGCACUCUUUGGAGGAAUCAGAUCAAAAAUUCGACGCUUGUCAAUGUCAAUCUUUUUCCGUUUGA